AUAAAUAAGGAAAAUGAGGAGGAGGAACUUUAUUAUGUUGGUUCCGAGAUUCCUGGAGUGUAUGUUGGAAGGGGUGAUCCUGAUUUCCAGUUUAAAGUAAAUGGUAAAAUUAGGCCACAAGCCGCAAGGUUUAGAAUUUAUGGUUAUAAGGAUGAUGUAAACAUGGGCGAGAUCGACCUUAGCAAAUUUAAUGGAAAAGUGGAAAUCAAAUGGACUGUCGUGCUUGCAAAUAAAAAAGCAGCACACAGACAAUUUAAAAAUAGAUCUACAUUGAUGGCUAUUCAAGAGCAAAGCUUAACAUAUAAAACAAGUAAUGGAACUGGAGAACUACCAAAGCCUAAAGUAUUCAAACCGCGAGUUUAUCGCCAAAGUAUUGAUAAUCGCGAAGACGGGCAGCAAUUGUAUCUGGGCAAAAUGAUAAUAGAAAAAGAAGGAA